GAGUGGAUGCUGCAGCAGCUGCCAGGAAGACAAAACAAUAAUGGCGUCUAUUAGUCAGCUGAUGAACACUUUCUCUAGGAUUUCUCGACCCUCGGUGUACAGACACAAAGGAUGGAUAUCUCAUCCACAGAAUUUCAUAAAGCCAUGUGUCUCCUCUGUUCACUACUCUUCAGUUUUGGCUGAACUCCCAGAGACUCAUGAAAUGUUAAGAAAAACUUGUAGAGAUUUUGCUGAAGCAGAGUUACAGCCCAUGGCAGGAAAGUUUGAUAAGGAGGGUGUCUUCCCAAAGCAACAGGUAAAAACCAUGGGAGAAUUAGGUUUGAUGGCCUUAGUAGUACCAGAAGAGUAUGGUGGGACUGGUAUGGAUUAUUUGGCUUAUGCUAUUGCCAUGGAAGAAAUUAGCAGAGGUUGUGCAACUGCUGGGGUCAUAAUGAGUGUCAACAACUCUCUGUAUAUGGGUCCACUGCUAGGAUUUGGAAGUGACAAGCAAAAGGAAGAGUGGAUCACACCCUUUACAACAGGAGAACGCGUUGGAUGUUUUGCCCUUUCUGAACCCGGUAAUGGUAGUGAUGCAGGUGCUGCAUCAACUGUGGGUAAAGAAGAUGGUGAUAGUUUUAUCUUGAAUGGCACCAAGGCUUGGAUCACUAAUGGUUAUGAAUCUGAGGCAGCGAUUGUCUUUGCUACAACAGAUAAGGCUAAAAAGCACAAAGGAAUAUCUGCAUUUAUAGUCCCCAAACCCACAAAGGGCCUGUCCUUAGGAAAAAAAGAAGAUAAGCUUGGCAUUCGUGGAUCCUCAACAUGUAAUCUAAUUUUUGAGGACUGUGAAAUUCCACUAGCAAAUCUGCUGGGCUCACAUGGAAUGGGUUUCAAGAUUGCAAUGAUGACUUUAGAUUCUGGAAGAAUUGGAAUUGCUAGUCAAGCCAUUGGUAUAGCCCAGGCUGCCUUUGACUGUGCCAUAGAUUAUGCAGGAAAGAGAAUGGCUUUUAAUGCUCCCAUCCUGAAGCUUCAGCUUAUCCAGCAAAAGAUUGCUGACAUGGCAUUAAGAAUUGAAUCAUCUCGACUUCUUACCUAUAAGGCCGCUGUACUGAAAGAUGAAGGGAAACCAUACUCUAAGUAUGCUGCAAUGGCAAAAUUAGCUGCAUCAGAAACAGCCACUUUCUGUGGCCAUCAGGCUAUACAGAUCCUUGGAGGGAUGGGCUAUGUUAGUGACAUGCCAGCAGAGAGGCACUACAGGGACGCACGCAUCACUGAAAUAUACGAAGGCACUUCAGAAAUUCAACGUUUAGUCAUAGCAGCAAAUCUUAUUAAAGAAUACCAAGUGCUGUAAUUCAGUACGGUAUUAAUUUUGUCAAAUAUACUUCUCUUUGUACGAUACAAAAAAUAUAUAUACUGUAUAUAUUUUAGCAAAUUUUUUGUUUUUAACACAAGACGCUGUAUCCCACCAAGUCAGGGAUAUUCUGCAUAAUAUUUGAAAUGGAGAUGAAUGGUAUUUGAGACCUGACAAUCUGUUGGAGUGUGAGCAGGGUAAUAUUUAGUGAAGGGAUUCAGGGAAACUGGUUAUUUUUAUAUAGCCGGACUUGAGUCCUGGAAAUGGGAAGUACAAUGCCUGCACUCUAAAGGAGGGGUUUUGGGAUAUUAGCAGUUUGGAGGGAUAGGUUGUGUAUCUUUAUACGUAUAUGCUUCUAAACUUUUGUGUUCUGAGCACCUCUGCAAAAACAGUGAUUAUGUGUGAGUGAGGUGAAAGUGUUGAAUGAUGAUGAAAGUAUUUUCUUUUUGGGGAUUUUCUUUCUUUUUUGGGUCACCCUGCCUCGGUGGGCGAUGACCAACUUGUUGUAGGUAAGACACAUAUGCAACAGUUAGGUAUCUUUAUUCCUACACAGUAGGCUUCUUCAGUCGAGUACAGAAAAGUUGAUAGAAGCAGAAGAUACUUGAAGACGAUGUAAUCAGUCCAUCACCCUUAAAGUUUUGCUUCUAUCAACUUUUCUGUACUCGACUGAAGAAGCCUACUGUGUAGGCGAAACGUUUCGAAAUAAAGAUACCUAACUGUUGCAUAUGUGUCUUACCUACAACCUGUCGGUAUUUUAUACCAUUUUAAUGUUCGAUGACCAACUUGUUAAAAAAAAAAAAAUGUCUGAAAGAGGGGAAGGUAUAUAGGGAUUGGCAGAGAGCAUGUAUA